AUGUCAGGCCCAGCUAUUACCAUUGGACUAACCAGUUUGGCUGUUCCAUUUGGAUGCGGGUGCGCAUUAGCAGUGCCACUUUUCAGUAAUUACGGUAAAUUAGAAGGUGAAACUCAAGUUAAAUUUUCCGUUUUCAUGGUUUUUAUCGCUGUAUCUAUUAGUGUUACUGCUUUCCCAGUUCUUUGUCGUAUUUUAACUGCUUUACGCUUGAUUAAGGAGCGUGUUGGUAUCGUGACAUUGGCUGCUGGUAUAACAAACGAUGUUUUAGGCUGGAUCUUAUUGGCAUUGAGUGUUAUUUUAUCAAAUUCCCAGUCCAAUCCAGUCAAUACAGUUUAUAUUCUACUAUGUACAAUCGGAUGGUUUUUUCUUUGUGUUUACCCAUUAAAAUACAUUUUAAAAAAAAUACUAAACAGAAUGGAUGAAUUGCAAAAAAAACAACCUUCAACCAUUGCAACAGUUAUUAUUUUACUUAUCCUUUUUGUUUCAGCAUAUUUUACUGAUAUUAUAGGAGUGCAUCCUAUUUUUGGAGGUUUUAUUGCUGGCUUAGUCAUCCCACGUGAAAAUGAUUAUUCAAUUAAACUUAUUGAAAGGAUGGAAGAUAUUCCAAAUAUUAUUUUGAUCCCCAUUUAUUUUGCAGUCGCAGGGUUAAAUGUUAAUUUGACAUUGUUGAACGAAAAAAGAGAUUGGGGAUUUAUAUUUGCUUCAAUUGGUGUUGCACUAGCAUCAAAAAUCAUAUCAAGCUCAGUCAUGGCGAAAUUAAAUGGCUUACGUUGGAGAGAAUCUUUUGCAGUUGGCAUCUUAAUGUCUUGUAAGGGUAUUGUGGAAAUAGUUGUUUUAACUACUGGGUUAAAUGCAGGUAUUAUUUCCAAAAAAAUUUAUGCCAUGUUUAUACUAAUGGCUUUGGUGUCCACUUUUAUCACCACGCCCAUGACCAUAUGGCAAUAUCCAAACUCUUACAGAGAGAAAUUAAUUAAAGAACAAAAAGAUGCUGAAAACAAGGGAGAGGGAAUAUCUGAAGUUGAAAAUGAGGGUACCGUUACUACCAAUAUAGAAACUUAUGACUUAGAUACAAUGAGUGCUAAAGAGUCACUUUUAGCCCCUGUACUUACUGAAAAUUUGAAUAGUAGCAGAUUUAUGAGCCUAGAUGACUUAUCUCAAUUCCAUUUUACAAACAUUAUAUGUGUAAUAGAAAAUAAAGACUCUAUAUCUUGUGUUUUAUCGUUAUUAAAUUACAUGUUAUUCAAUGGAGGUAUGAAAAAAACAAAUACAAUUGCAAAUGAACAUAGACCACACAGAAAUCUGAGGAAUAGACUGAAAAAAUACAUUGGUCAUACAACUUCUUCAACAUUGCAGGCUAUGAAGAAGGGUGACAAGAGGUCUAGAAUUGAUGAUGCUUCUAACUGUGAUGGCGAUAAUUUUGAAGUUAACAUAAAUACAAUUGAUAGAGCACCAACAGGUGUGAAUGGCGACUGUAUUGUUUUGGAUGAGAAAGUUUCUUUAAGAUUAGUACACCUAAGGAGAUUGACAGAGCGUACGGCUGAUUUGCUUUAUAGUUCCUCGAUGCAUAAUAGCAAGACAUUUAAUUUUGAUUCUAGCAAUGACUCAUUGUUUCAAAUAUUUAACAUUUUUUUGGAAUUAAAUCAAGUUCCAUUUAGGUCUGAUGUAAUUUUUUCCACCGUGUCUGAAAAGGCAAGCAAUAUUAUUUCCAUAAAAACAUUACACACUGACUUUGUACUAAUACCGCUACAAGGCAUAAGGGACAAUUCUUAUCGGGUUUCCGAAAUGUUUACUGAUGAAGUAUCUGACAACGAAGCUGUUUUUUCCCAUUUGACCAACAUUAACGAAUUACCUGUUAAUUAUUUUCAGGUUUUAGCGAAAGGUAUGACAUCCAACUUGGGGAUAUUAAUUCACAACUCCAGAAACAAAUUUGAAAGGCCAACAUUAAAUAAAAGAUAUUUUUAUUUGUUAUUGCCAAAUGCCAAUUUUUCAUCAACAGAUUAUUUGUCUAUAUAUGUUUUCAUUUUAUUAUGUUAUAAUUCCAGUAACAAGAAUGCAGAUAGUUUAAAAUUUAGUAUUUUCAUUAACAAAGAUAACGCAGGAUUUGAGGAAGAUUUGUAUCAAGCCUAUGGCCAAGAAGCUUGGUUUCAAUCCACUGACAUUACUGUUGUGCAGAUAGAUGCGAAGGAUGCGGUUACAAGCCGUGAUUAUGAUAAAAACAAAUAA